AUGUCAUAUUACAACAGGUAUAGAAACAAGAGAAGAGGCGAUAGUAGUGGUGGUGGAAAUAUGAAUAACAAUAACAAUAACAAUAACAGCAAUGGUGGAAUGCCAUCUGGCCUUUCUGCCUCUGAUGCAAUUUUCGAUUUGGGUAAAAACAAAAGAGUUACAGUGAGACAAUUCAGAAAUAUAAACUUAAUUGAUAUCCGUGAGUAUUAUUUGGAUUCAUCCACAGGUGAAAUGAAGCCUGGGAAGAAAGGUAUCUCGUUGACGGAAGACCUUUACGACGAACUGCUAAAGCACAGAUUAAAUAUCGACGAAGCCUUGAGAAGGCUAGGGUCCAAGAGACCAAAAACAAAAAUGGUUAGGCUAUUAUCCGAUGACGAGUACGAAGACGAUAACAAUAAUGACAGUAACGACAAGGACAAAAACGGAAACGAUAAGAACAGUCCCAGAAAGAGGAGGGACGAUAAAUCUAAAUCAUCGAACGAAAUUCACGAUUCAGAACCACGUUCUAAGAAAAAGAAGCCUGCUCCACCCACUCUGUUGCCACACGAAGAAAACAUGCAAAACGCUGCAAGAGAAGCCAAUGCUACCUUGAUUAUUCCAGGGGCAGCCAGCAGAAAACAGCAAGAAGAACGAAAGCAGAAGGAGAAGGAAGAGGAGGACGCAAAUGCAAAGGCAACGGCCGUAGCAAAGGCAAAGGCAGAGGCAGAAGCAGAAGCAGAAGCAGAAGCAGAAGCAAAGGCCAAAACUAAGGCAAACGAGAGUAUGCCUAAGCCUGCGCCUGUACCUACACUUGAGCUCAAGAAGGAAGACGCUGCCUCCAAUAUAGACGAGGCGAAAGAUGCAAACUCCAGCGAUGAAGAAUUUGCCCAGAGCUUGGAGGCGGAAAUGAACAAGGCCGACGAUGACAUUAGUGAAGAAGAAUAA